GCAUAAGCAUGUGCGCCUCAUCGUAUGUCAACAGGCUGGUUGGCCAUCACUUGCAGAUGUGCUCACUUUGUGCGUGAGUUCGAUGCUAAAGGAGCAGAGCAGCUUUUAAGCCGGCAGGUCCAGACUUCCCAGGAAAAGAUGGUGGAAACGGUGGCCGUUGACCCCAGCAAGAUGGGCAAAGGCCGGGCCAUGGCAGUGCUGACCUCGGGCGGCGACGCCCAGGGCAUGAACGCAGCGGUGAGGGCCACAGUUCGAGUGGGACUGUACACCGGAGCCAAGGUGUUUUUUGUCCAUGAGGGUUAUCAGGGCUUGGUGGACGGCGGGGACAACAUCCGCCCCGCCACGUGGGAAAGUGUGUCCAUGAUGCUGCAGCUGGGCGGAACCGUCAUCGGGAGCGCCCGCUGUCAGGACUUCCGCACCAAGGAGGGCCGGACCAAGGCGGCCUUCAACCUGGUCAAGCUGGGCAUCACCAACCUGUGCGUCAUCGGAGGCGACGGCAGCCUGACCGGCGCCAACCAGUUCCGGACGGAGUGGAGUGAGCUGCUGGCGGACCUGAUCAAAGCCGGUAAAAUCACCGCCAAUGAAGCGAAGGAGUCCUCCCACCUGAAUAUUGUGGGCAUGGUGGGCUCCAUCGACAACGACUUCUGUGGCACCGACAUGACCAUCGGCACCGACUCAGCCCUGCACCGCAUCAUCGAGAUAGUGGACGCCAUCACCACCACGGCGCAGAGUCAUCAGAGGACCUUCAUCCUGGAAGUAAUGGGCAGACAUUGUGGUUACCUGGCUCUGGUGACGGCCCUGGCGUGUGCCGCCGACUGGGUGUUCAUUCCAGAGAUGCCCCCAGAGCAGGACUGGGAAGAUCACCUGUGCAGACGACUCACCCAGCAAAGACAACUUGGCAACCGUUUGCAUAUUGUCAUUGUUGCAGAGGGAGCCAUAGACCGCGACGGUAAACCUAUCAGCUGUGACUUCAUCAGACAGAUGAUCACCAAAAGGCUCGGAUUUGACACCCGGACCACCGUCUUGGGCCACGUACAGAGAGGCGGAACUCCCUCGGCCUUCGACAGAAUCCUGGCCAGCAGGAUGGGCAUGCAAGCAGUGAUGGCCCUGCUGGAGGCCACACCCGACACGCCCGCCUGUGUCGUCACCUUGUCAGGAAACAUGGCUGUCAAAGUGCCUCUGAUGGAGUGUGUGCAAGUGACAAAGGACGUCACCACAGCCAUGACCGAAAAAAGAUUUGAAGAUGCAGUGAAGCUGAGGGGAAAGAGCUUCGAGCACAACUGGAACACCUACAAAAUGCUGUCCCACGUCCACCCUCCAGAUGUGAAGAGUAAUAUCAACAUUGCCGUACUGAAUGUGGGGGCCCCGUGUGCCGGGAUGAACGCCGCAGUGCGUUCGGUGGUCAGGACCGGCCUCCUGCAGGGUCACCAGAUGCUGGCCGUACACGAUGGAUUCGAGGGCUUUGCCAACGGGAUGAUCGAGUCUAUUGGUUGGACUGGAGUGGCUGGAUGGAUCGGAAAGGGUGGCUCUCUUCUUGGCACCAAGAGAUCCCUGCCGAGUGCGUACAUGAAGGAGAUCUGUCAGAGCAUCACCAAGUUCAACGUCCACGGCAUUGUUAUUGUUGGAGGCUUUGAGGCUUUCGUUGGGGGUCUGGAGAUUGUGCACGCUCGAGACACUUAUGAGGAAUUGUGCAUCCCGCUUGUCAUCAUACCCGCAACCGUCUCCAACAACGUUCCCGGAACUGCCUUCAGCAUUGGCUGCGACACUGCUCUCAACACCAUAACUACGUCAUGUGAUCUGAUCAAGCAGUCUGCAGCCGGUACCAAGCGAAGAGUGUUCAUCGUUGAGACGAUGGGAGGAUACUGUGGUUACCUGGCAACCAUGGCCGCCCUGGCAUCUGGAGCUGAUAAUGCCUACAUCUUCGAGGAGCCCUUCAAACUCCAUGAUCUACAGCUAAACGUGGAGCAUCUGGUAAACAAGAUGAAGACAACGGUGAAGAGAGGACUCAUUCUAAGAAACGAGAAGUGCAACGCCAACUACACCACCGAAGUUCUCUUCAAUCUGUACUCGGAGGAGGGCAAAGGUGUGUUUGACUGCAGGAAGAAUGUACUGGGACACAUGCAGCAGGGUGGAACUCCGAGUCCCUUUGACAGGAAUUUUGCGACAAAGAUGGGGAUCAAGUCCGUCAUCUGGCUGACUGACAAGCUGAAGGAAUGUUACCGACAUGGUCGCGUCUUUGCCAACUCCAAGGAUUCUGCGUGUCUGCUGGGCAUGAGGAAGAGAUCUUUGAUCUUCCAGCCUCUGGUGGAGCUGAAAGAACAAGCCGACUUUGAUCACCGUAUUCCGAAAGAACAAUGGUGGUUAAAGUUGAGGCCCAUCCAAAAAAUCCUGGCCAAGUACGACACCACACUGGACACUUCCCUGAUGGCCGAACUGGAGCAUGUCAGCAAGAAGGCGGGCCACGCCCCCAAGUAGGACGCUUUGACUUUUGACCAAAUGUGCUCAACAUAACCCAAUGUUGGCUGUUUCUCAACAAAGUGCUGCAUCCUUAAACAUGAUGUGAUGCUAAUAAAUAAACAAUUCAGAAUCGCA